UUUAUCUAUGCUUGCAAUACAAAUGAAAAAGACGAGGUGAAUGGUCUACAAAGUUGUUAUGUGUGCAUUUUUUCAAAUGAUCAGUUUUUCAAAUGAUUGACGAUAAUGCAAGAUAUUUGAACAUUUAUGGAAGCCAGCUAAAAGUUCAGUAUAACAGUGGAACGAUUUUUGAAGAAUAUGUGAUUGAUAGCCAACCAUUUCAUUUUGAGAGAUGGCUAUCUUGUACUGUUUGUUUUACAGCUAUAUUUCUGCAUCUUGGUCUACACCAUCAUCAUACACACGUCUUGUCAAUUCUUUGCUUUAUACUGGCUAUUUUUGCCUUGAUUAAACUGCACACAAAAGUGAAAAAAGAGUCUUUACUCAUCAUGAAAGCAGUUGGUUUGCAGAUUACUACAAUAUUUGCCUCAGGAAGAAAAUCUGCUAAAUUUAUUGCAUGGGAAAGAAUCCAAGGGGUUGUUAUUAAUGAAGCAAUAACAAUGCACCAGGUCUUGUUUUAUUUAGCAAUUUUACUUAAGUAUGGACAAGGAUGUGAAAAAACAGAAGUUCUUCCCAUAUUCCAAGUAAGGAUUUCUUAUUUGUUAUGAAAUUAUAUAAACUAUAUGG